UGUGGACUGUUAAAAUUCCAGCCGGCACCCCAGAACGCGUGGCCGUGGUAGUGAUAGUCCGUCUGUCUGUCUGGUGCAGGGACACGGAGAUUGAGGAUCUGAAGACCCAGCUCUCCAGGAUGCAGGAGGACUGGAUUGAGGAGGAGUGCCACCGCGUGGAGGCUCAGCUGGCGCUCAAGGAGGCCCGGAAGGAGAUCAAGCAGCUCAAGCAGGUGAUCGACACGGUCAAGAACAACCUGCUGGAGAAGGACAAAGGCCUUCAGAAAUACUUUGUGGACAUCAACAUCCAGAAUAAGAAGCUGGAGACGCUGCUGCACAGCAUGGAGGUAGCACAGAACGGGGUGGUGAAGGAGGAAGGGGCGGGGGAGUCGGCGGGGGGCUCUCCAGCCCGGUCCCUCACCCGUAGCUCCACCUACACCAAGCUGAGCGACCAGGCAGCCGGGGACAGGAACGUGGGGGACUCGCAGACCCUGACAGCCGAGGAGAUGGCCGACAGGAGCCGGACGGACUUGCUGGAGCAGAGCAGCCUGCUCUCCUCGGGGGUCGAGUUCUGCACCGAGGAGGGGUCUCUGCAGAACUCGUUCACGCUGGGCUCCCGGCUUCCCACCAGCUCGACCUACGAGAAACUGCUGGGCGUGCACGGCAGCGUGGAGGCGGGGGUGCAGGCGAGCUGCAUGCAGGAGCAGGCCAUCCAGACAGACUUUGUGCAUUACCAGCCGGACCUGGACACCAUUCUGGAAAAGGUGACGUCGCAGGCUUGCAGCCUGGGCAGCCCCACUUCCGUGUGGGUGUCGGAAAUGGAAGACCUAGCGCCCGCCUCCGAGGCUCUGGCCCCCAACAUCUUCGGGACCAGGGACUCGAUGGCGACCGAUCCCCACUCUGUGAUGGUGGUGAGUGCAGGAGAUGGGACAGAGACCCUUGCCCCAGAGGGCUACCCGGAGCGGGGGCCCACAACCCUGCUGUGCACCAGCCUGCCAGCAUCAGCCCGUCGGUCAGGCCCGUCGGUCAGCGUCGCUUGCCCGCUGGAGGAAGACGUGACCGAGCUGAGUGCGGAAGCUACCGUGCCCAAAAGCUACUGGAGCCGUUAUUUCAUUGUGGAUCUCUUGGCCGUGGUGGUGCCGGCCGUGCCCACGGUGGCCUGGCUGUGCCGCACACAGCGGCGGCAGGGCCAGCCCUUAUACAAUAUCAGCUCGCUGCUCCGCGGGUGCUGCACGGUGGCGCUGCACUCCUUACGGAAGAUCAGCUGGCGCCCUCUCCGCCAGCCAAUCGCAUUGCACAUGCUUCGAGGCCCGAGGGUGUGA